AUGCUAGGCCACCUCUCCAACCCAGCGCUCAUACUGGAGACCCUCAGCAACGUCAGCCUCCCCUUUGGCCACCAACCCCUUCCUCGCAUCGGCACCCCAAGCCUGGAUGAGGUCCCACCAAUCAUACGUCCUCAGGUCGGCCACGAUCCAACGCCUCCCCGGCGUGAAGCGCCUAUGCAUGGCGACGAUGGCCCUGGCGACGUCGGCACCGUGGAUCAGAUGCACAGCGCCCUUGCCCCUGACGGCGUCCUUGGUGCGGGCGACACGGGUGACCCAGUUGCGCGGGUUGCGUGUCUCGCCGUCGUACAGCCCCGCGAGGUUUAG